AUGCGGACUGUCGCAAGGUGGUCUGGCGCGACAUUGCCAUGCGCCUGCUCAAUGUUCACCACGCUGGAGUCUAAGGAGCAAGCGGAGUUCCAUGGUCACCAUCCUCUACACCGGAUUACAUCAUCGCGUCGUAUCGCAUCGCUGGUACGGGAAACAUUUCGAGACGACGUACAAGGAUGUACAAGGAUGUACAAGGAUGUACUCAAGAAGCGGCGGCGGGAACUUGAUGGGGUUCGGAAAGUUAAGGAGUUCUGUACUUUUAUUAAGGAGGGCAAUGUCGAUGUUGAAUGGUUCUGGAUUGAUACGUGCUGUAUCGAUAAGCGUAGCAGUACGGAUUGUCUGAUUGAGCGAGCGUGGACUUUGCAGAUGCUACUUGCGCCAACGACUGUGCUGUUCGUCAUCAACAACCGCGAUUGGGAGAUUAUUGGGCACAAAGGCAGGAUGGCCGGUCUUGUCGGAUCGGAGAAGGACCUCACUAAUGAGAUUGCUGAGAUCACUGGAAUGAGGAAGCCAGUACCUCUACUACUUAAUGUGACAUGA